UCUAAGCACUCUGCACAAGUUUAACCCUCAAACGCAGGAGCCGAGGAAUAAAGGCCAAGGUUUCCACAUCUCUGAGCAGGAUGGGGAACACGAAGAGCAGCGCCUUGUCGAAGGAGCUACUGGAGGAACUGAAGUCCAACACCAAAUACAGUGAAGCUGAGCUCUGUGCAUGGUACCAGUCGUUCCUGAAAGAGUGUCCAAGCGGAAAGAUCACCAAGGAGCAGUUCGAAGGCAUCUAUGCCAGCUUCUUCCCGGGCGCCGACCCCACUGCAUAUGCCCGGCAUGUUUUUAGGAGUUUUGAUACAAAUGCAGACGGCACGUUGGACUUUAAGGAGUAUAUUGUUGCUUUGCACCUCACCUCUGGAGGAAAGACUCUGCAGAAGCUGGAAUGGGCCUUUGCCUUGUAUGACGUGGAUGGCAAUGGAACCAUCAGCAAAAGUGAAAUUCAAGAGAUUGUUAGGUCGAUAUUUAACAUGAUCCCUGAAGAGGAUCAGCAGAAACUCCCCGAAGAUGAAAAUACUCCUGAGAAGAGGGCUGAAAAGAUCUGGGCGUUCUUUGGAAAGAAGGAAAACGAUAAAAUCACAGAAGGAGAAUUCAUUCAGGGCGUGAUGGACAACAAGGACAUCCUGCGCUUGAUACAAUACGAUGAACCUCAGAAAAUCAAAGACAAGCUGAAAGAAAAGAAGCAAUAGUUCAGGAGCUAAAAUCACCUCCUCUUGUGAUAUAAGACUUUAUUACCCAUGACUUUAUGUUUUACCUUUUUACUCUGCCUGUCUGAGCUACGUUUCUUUUGUGAAUCUGUUUUUAACUCUAGGGGCUAGUAAAUGGGUGAUUAAUGAGAGGCAGCCCUCAAAUCGCCAUUAAUGUAAGAGCUUUUAUUUAAGAGCUUGUAAGAGCUCUGUUAGUUUAUGAUGUAAUUAAAAGUGAAUAUCUUUGUGUCUCUUGACAUCUCACUCAAUUUUUGCUUUGCUCUGCCUGCCAAGAUGGCACCAACCAAUUAGAGAUUGGACAUCUACGUGCUUUUUUUUUACUCUUUGGUUCAUUCAUUAGCCUAAUUGAGAAAAAGUCAGAAGGAGAGCUUCUUAUGUUGGGAAUUAGGAUCAUGUUAACAGUCCACCUGCAUCAACCAAUCCAAUUAAAAGCUGAAGGUCGGUUGAGACACUUGUGUAUUAAUGUAUGUGCUACUGCAUCCAGUAAGAACAACAGGGGCUUGAC